UGAACCGACAAUGAUUAAAUAGGAACCGUUUCAAAAACGCCAUUAUUCUUCAUGUAAUUGUGAUUAGAGAGUAAAUUUUCACUUUUCUGACGGAAGUAUCCAUAGAUUUCGAAAAAUUGAUGUUUUCUUAAAUAUGAGGGUUUAGACCAACUGUGGAGUUUUGAAUUUCUCUUUGAAACAAUUGUAUAUUGAAAUAGUUGCUGAUGUUGGGAGAUGAAACAUGGACUGUAGCGACGAAUCUUUGAGGGUUGAUAUGGGGGUGGUAGUAGUAGUAGGUGCUGGAGAUACUACAAAUAGUGUGAGUGAUUUGAAAAGAGAAUCGAGUUAUUGCAAUCAGUGUUUAAAUCUGGAAGAAAAGAUCGAAUGUACUAGUUCCGGUUUGCGGAAGGGGAUUGAACAGGAGAGAAAUGAGUUUAAAGGUCAGUUUGAGGUGUUGAAGAGAAGGAAUCAAGAGCUGGAAGAGCAGAUUCACCGAAUAGAGAAUAAAGGCAGUACUGAGGAAAAAGAUGAAGACAAGGUUUUGCAAUUGAUGAUCGAGAAUAGUGUCUUGGAAUGCGAGAAAAAGAAGGCUGAAAGUGAUGUUGAGUAUUGGAAAUCCAAGUGCAAUGAACUACAGUUGACAGUGGCGAAAUUGGAGAAAAAAUUGGUUUCAAAAUCCGGAGAUAGAAUUUCAACUAAAGCACUACGUGGAUUGCAAGAUGAAUGCAAUAAUUUAGCCCAGAAAAUGGAUUUGCAAGAAGUUGAUGAAAUGCAAAACAAGGAUGGUUUAGAUGCAAAUCCUUUUUUCUCUCAUGGAGAAAUUGGAUCUCUACAAUCUCAAGAUUCAGGGAAAUCUUUAGCAAAAACUCCAAGCGUGCAAGCCAAGUUUAUGGGAGGAAACAAAGCUUUACUAUCUGAAAGUGGCAAUAACCGUGUUAACCAAGUGAGGAAGCGAUUGACAUUUGAAGAACAAAGGGGGUCUAACAAGAGGAUGGCUCCUUCUACACCAGCUGGUUUAAGACCUGCAAAAGAAGUUGUUAUUGACAUAACUGAAAGUGAUGAUGAGAGAACUACUGGUCCUCCUUAUACAUCAACAAUUGGAAGUGAUUAUGAAAGUUCUGUCCCCCUUGGUACACCUCCCAUACCAGGAAUUGCUCGUAGUGUACCUUUCUGUGGAUCAGGGAGCACCUUGUCCGAUAUUGAAUUGCCUUCAGAGAACAAUUUAAAGAUGACUGACUUUGAGCAAGGUGAAGACAGUGACAUUGUUUACCAUAAUGAAGAGGUUUUAUAUGUUCCAACUCCAAAAAGAAGAAGAGCUUCGAACAUAAUUGCUAGUGAUAGUGACACCGACAAUGAUGAUAAAGUUCCAAUCUCCAUGCUCAAAACUAGGCAUUUUCGUGAAAAAAGCUCCGAUGAUCAUCCCAGAGGCCACACAACUCAAACCGGUGAUUCUGAGGAUGAAGUCAGGAAAUUGUCUAGUAGGCGGCGCCUGGUGAAGCUAAGUCAAUGCGAAGGGAAAGGUGGUGGUGGAAAUGUCAUAGAAGUGUCAGACAGUGAAGGAGAAAGCUUAGGUGGAUUUAUUGUUAGCAGCUCUGACGUCUCAGAUGAUGAUGACAUCUCUAAUUCUGACAGUGCAUUGCAAAGUAAUUCUUCUGUAGCUGAAGAUUCAAUAACUGGUUCAGAGUAUAUAUCAGAGAGUGAUUCAGAUUAUGGUGAGAUAAUAUCGAGAAUUCAACGGCACAAAAGUGAUAAAUUAGAGUGGGAGUUUGAGGGGGACAUGCUUUCUGCCUUUGGUAAGGAUCCUGAAUUAUGUAUGAAGGCCGUUUGUGUUUUGUAUAGGCAGCAAACAUCUGAGGAGCAAUGUUGUAAAGGAACAAUAAUUCACAAUCAAAGAGGUUUUAGCCAGUGUGAUGCCUUCAGGGGAAGCACCUUGGCUGAAUUUCUUACUGAUGGAAAUCGGCAAGGUGAUCUGAUGAAAUCCAUGAAGGAAUUGCAAGCUUAUGAUCCCAGUGGUAUUGAACUGUGCAUAACUUUGGCGACAAGGUACUCUAAGCAGCUGUUUUCUAUUUACAAAAACAAAGAGGACCCUUUUUUCUCAGCUCCUUGACAUAGUUAUGGUUUGUUUCCUUUACCCGAAAUAUGGUCCAAGAUCACUCUUUCUAACCUUUAUGUAGAUACGACAUCUUAUUGUAUAUAGUCAGUCUCUCUGUAUAUACAACUUAAAUUUUAGGUGUUUUUGCUAUCAAGA